AUGAUUGAAGCUAUUGGACAAUUUGGUCCCGGGUUGAAACCACCAUCUAUGUAUGAGUUAAGAGUAUCUAUAUUGAAUAACAAAGUAAAAGAUGUUCAGAAACAACUUUUGGAGCAUGAAGAAGAAUGGGCUGAUAAAGGUUGCUCUAUAUUAUCCGAUGGAUGGCGCGAUUUGGUGGUGCGAAAAGACAUCAUCAACUUCAUGGUGAACUCCCCAAAAGGUUCGAUAUUCAAGAGGUCACUUGAUGUUUCCGAUAUUUCAAAAGAUGCAGAUUUGUGGUUUCGUGUUCUUGAUAAAAUGGUGGAGGAAAUUGGUGAAAAGAAUGUGGUGCAAGUGGUGACCGAUAAUGCAUCAGCUAAUGUGAAGGUGGGGAAGUUGUUGGAAGCUAAAAUACCAAUUUUAUAUUGGACACCAUGUGCCGCACAUUAUAUAGAUUUGAUGUUGGAAUUUAUUGGUAAACAAGUUCCAAAGGUGAAAAGUGAAUUAAAGAAGUCGAUUUUAGCAAUUGGGUAUAUAUAUAGCCAUGUGCCUCUUGUAAACAUGAUGAGAAAGUUCACAAACCAAAGAAUCUUACAUAGGUCAGCUAUAACAAGAAUUGCAACAUCUUUCAUCACUCUUUCCCAAAUCCACAAACAGAGAGUCAAUUUGAGGAAUAUGGUGGUUUCUAAAGAGUGGGAAGCAUCUAAGUGGUCUUUAGACGGGAGGGGGAUAAAAGUUAAAAGCUACUUUAUGCAUGACAUGUUUUGGAGAAAUGUGCAUUAUGCUCUUAAGUUGAUGGGCCCCUAG